AUGGCGCCUUCACACUCGUUUCUAUACUUUUUGUCGCUCGUUUUGACUUAUCUAACUUCAUUCGUUACUGGCGCACCUUGGAUUGCGACCGACUAUUUCCAGGUGGUUCCAGAGGAGGUCUAUGGUGGUUACGACACCAGCAAGCAUCAGUGGUCGAUCGUUACCUCAACAACCUACGAGGAGAUCAUUCCGACCGCAACUUCAUUGCCGGAGGCUAUUCAAACCAACGUCAUCGUCCAGACAGACUACUAUGCCGGCGCUGCAACUAUCGUCGAGAAACUGUACCCGUCUGGCGCGGUGGGCACGCCCGUCCCUUACAGCGCCUAUUACGGCAAUCAAGACAGCGGCUUGACCUCAGUUAUCUGGGUCGUUAACCUGACUUACUCUGCGCCAACGGCCUGCUCUACGCAAUGGACUACUACCACCGCUGUAUCGGUCACGCCGCCGUCCGAGGUCACUUUCGACCGUCUACUGCCCACGACCGCUGUCUCUACCUCGUAUAGCGUGUACAACGCGGGGGGCUUCCAAUCGUCUACCUAUGUGUACAAGUACGUCUGGGUUGAGCCGACACAAGUUCCCAGCACAUCGAUGAACCAACUGAGUGAUGAGUACUACCCCUCAACACUGUACAACAACAACGACAAGAACUGCCGAUACGAGGGACACGGGUACGCCUACUCCAACUAUCCUGAAUCCUACGAAGACUGGUACGGAGUCGCAAUCUCCCCACUGGCCAUCCUACUCAUCAGCGUCCUGGGCUGGAUCGUCCUGUGGUUCUUGCUCGGCAUCCUGGAAGCCUGGAUCCGAUUCCGCCGCCUGAUGACCGGCUGGCAGACCCGUCGCGGAAUGCCAGUAUGCUGGGCCUUGACAAUCAUGCCGCUCACAUUGUUCUGUCUCUGCUGUUUCCGCAAGGGCUAUCGUGCACGUACCGCACACGACUCGGCCGUGUUACAGAGUCGCUGGAAGAAGCUGAGCGCGUGGCGCAAGUUCACGCUAUUCUUGAAAUGGGGUUUCAGAUAUAAGUACCCGACUAUCCUGGGCCCGGCGCCGGAGCGUGUGAUACCCAGCAAGCGACCGGGUAAGCAACCUGGUUCGUCGAUGGGUCCGCCUCUGCUGUACUCGACGCCGCCGCAGACCGCGACGUAUCCGCCUGUGUCCCCGGUUGUCUCGUUGAACCGGGAAGUUGAUCCUAAUGCACCGGGGCCGCAAAUGAGUCAGGCAAUGCCGAUGCCACAGCAUCCGAUGUUCAUGGCGCCUGCAGUGGCACCGGCACUGCCGCCUGUUCCUGAGGCGUCGGGUGCGCUGCAGAGUGAUCCCGAGCAUGGCCAUGAGCAGCAACAAACCCAAACGGAGACUCGGACCGAGUCUCACAAUGAGUCCCAACCUGAAAAUCAACCGCACAAUGACCAUCCCGCCCAAGAUCUCGAGAUUGGACGGGCUCAGUGA